AUGGCUGAUUUAGGCUCAGCCUCUUCCAGGAGAAUGUGGUGCUCCGUUCCAGAAAGAAUGCAGCUGCAUGUGGCCAUGCUGGCCUUGCAGUUUGGCUAUGCUGGUUUCCAUGUGGUCUCAAGAGCUGCACUCAACAUGGGUGUUAGCAAGCUUGUUUUCCCAGUCUAUCGUAACAUCAUUGCCUUGCUUCUACUCCUUCCCUUUGCCUACUUCUUGGAAAAGAAGGAGAGACCAGCAAUGAGUUUAAACUUUGCCUGCCAGUUCUUUCUUCUGGCACUUGUCGGGAUUACAGCAAACCAAGGUUUCUACUUGCUUGGGUUGGAGAACACAUCCCCUACCUUUGCAUCAGCAAUACAGAACUCUGUCCCAGCCAUUACAUUUCUCAUGGCAGCCAUAUUCAGAAUAGAGCAAGUGAGAUUGAACCGAAAAGAUGGGUUGGCAAAGGUGGCGGGAACCGUGUUGUGUGUAAUUGGGGCUACUGUGAUCACACUUUACAAAGGUCCAACAAUAUAUAGCCCAGCAACCCGUGUGAACAGCACGAGCAGCAACGCAAUAACAACACCAGUGUUUGAUUUUGGGACACUCUCACUGGGAGAUGCAAAGGGGAAGAACUGGACCCUGGGGUGCUUAUACUUGAUUGGACACUGCUUGUCAUGGUCUGCUUGGCUUGUGCUGCAAGCACCAGUUCUGAAGAAGUACCCCGCUCGCCUCUCUGUCACUUCCUACACCUGUUUCUUUGGACUCUUGCAGUUCCUGGUCAUUGCUUUGGUCCUUGAAAGAGAUGCACAGGCUUGGCUUUUCCACUCUGGUGGAGAAGCUUUCACAAUUUUAUAUGCGGGAGUGGUGGCAUCAGGAAUUGCCUUCGCUGUACAAAUAUGGUGCAUUGACAGAGGUGGCCCUGUGUUUGUUGCUGUGUAUCAACCUGUUCAGACUUUUGUUGUCGCCAUCAUGGCCACCAUAGCUUUAGGAGAAGAGUUCUACUUGGGAGGGAUCAUUGGGGCAGUGUUGAUUGUAGGGGGACUGUACUUUGUUUUGUGGGGUAAAAGUGAAGAGAAGAAAUUUGCUAGGGAACAGCUUGCGAUUGCAUCCACCACUGAUCACAGCAUCAUAAGACCUGCAAGCCACGCCAAAGCAUCACUUGCUCAGCCACUUCUUUCUUCAUCGACUGAGAAUGUUUGA